CGGUGCUAAUGACGUAUUUCCGCUCAGCUUUCUCAGGCCAGAAUAACAAUGGCGUCCUGUGACGAGGGAACCGCCACGGCUACUGAAGCAGAACCGGCCGAAACUUUGGCUUCCGAGAAGAGAGAAGCGAGACUUCGUAAAUUCAGAGAGUUACAUUUCAAACGGAACGAAGCACGAAAGCUGAAUCAGCAGGAGGUUGUGGAGGAGGAUAAGAGACUGAAACUUCCUGCCAACUGGGAAGCUAAAAAAGCCCGACUGGAGUGGGAAAUUGCUGAGAGUGAAAAGAAGAAGGAAUGUGCCGCCUCUGGCAAGGAUUAUGACAGAGUGAAGCUACUGGAAGUCACAGCUGAUGAGGCUGAACGAUGGGAGAGGAAGAAAAAGAAGAAGAAUCCAGACCAGGGUUUUGCAGGUUAUGCCGAGGCCCAAUUCCGACAGUACCAGAGACUCACCAAGCAAAUCAGGCCUGACCUGGAAAGCUACAGCAAGCUACGGGAUGAAAGCGGUGAGGACUUCUACCCCACAACGAAUAGCCUGAUCUAUGGGACCCAUACCCCAUCAAAGGAGGGCAUUGACCGCAUGGUGGAAGACGUGGAGAAACAGAUCGAGAAGCGUGCCAAGUACAGCCGGCGCAGAGCCUACAACGACGACGCAGACAUCGACUACAUCAACGAGAGGAAUGCCAAGUUCAACAAGAAGGCGGAGCGCUUCUAUGGCAAAUACACAGCCGAGAUCAAACAGAACUUGGAGAGAGGAACGGCCGUCUAGUCUAGUCGUCUUUGCCAUAACUUUUCUGUUUUUGUUGCUUAUUUUUACGAGCUAAUGUUGAAGUGCGCUUCCUCAGAAAGCUUUUGUAUCAUGCUGCCGUUCUCUAAGAAAUGUCGCGUUUAGUAAUCUUUUGUACAGUAUAAUUACUCUGGUGUGUAUUUUAAAAUAAAUUGUUUCUAAUUAUUCACUUA